AUGACUGACCUAAAACCAUUUCUGUACGAGGUCUGUAUUCCCCUGAUUGGUAUACUGUGCGUGUUAGCGGCUGUGCUUAACAUCGCUGUGUUCUCGUCGAGAUUUCAUGUGAAAUCCCGGUCCGCAACAUUGGAACUCACCUAUUCGCUAGCGUUAUCGGAUACGUGGACGAGUUUGGUGAUCGCGAUCUCGUUGUGUUGGAACUCGUACAAACCCGUCGUACUGCAAAUACCACACAACACCUAUUGUUUCCCGUUAACCUUAGAGGCAUUUCGAACUGGUGGAUUAUUGACGGGAAUUUUUCACAUAACCGCUUUAGCUGCCGUACAUUACCUCCAGAUUAAAAGACCAUUUGAUCAUCAGAAGUUGUUGUCGCUAAGAACUGUACAGGUGAUCGUAUUCUUCAUUUGGGCUGUACCUCCUCUUAGUCUUAUCGUUUAUUUCAGUAGUUGGCCAGGACAAGGAUAUAGGAACGACGCCUGUAUCGGGAUCGCUUUCUACGAGAAUUUCUAUUUUCGUGCACAAAUCUCACUGAUUAUCAUCGUCCUGAUGAUAACCACAAGUGUACUGUAUUGGAAAAUGUUGUCAAAAGUCAGUGAGGUUCGUUCAAAGACGGCAACCGCCACAUCAGCACGUGGUAGACGAACCGUUGUCACUGCGGCGUUGAUCUUCGGCACAUUCUUGGUCGGUUGGAUGCCGGCAAGUAUUCUGUUCCUGAUGACCGCCGAUGGAAUGCCAUUGUUUCGAAAAUCUAGCGUACUAGUGAAUGUGCUCUCAAUCGUUGUGCUCAUCAAUAUUAUGAUCAAAUCGUUAACAAAUCCAAUUAUCUAUGCGACAAGAAUUCCGGAAAUUCGACAUUUCGUCUUGCAUCGUCUCCUGUGGAGAAUUAUUCCUCUUCGAGAAGAUACGAGUGCACGUGAUGAAUGUGGUAAUAGGACGGAGAAAACGCCGUUACGUAAUUCGGCUGUGAAUCCUUAG